GAGAAGGGACAUAACAAAAGAUCACAUACUUUGCAAAAUCAACUUUACAUUAUUUUUUAUUUUUUAAAUUUUAGGACUUUCGAGAAAGGAAAAAACGGCAAAAGCAUAGGUAGGGAAUGAAAUUCAAAAUUAAUGGCGAUGGAGUUUGAUAGGCAAAUCGAAUUAGGGUUUCCGUUCUGGAGCCCAACUCGUCGACGUUUUGGUCCUGAUGAUCCCUUCUUCGCUUACGGUAACAUUCAAAGAGAGCUUCUCGCUAAGCAGGUUGCAUUGGAUUUGACUGAAGAAGAGAACCAGUUAGUUCAAAAUACUAUCACAGAUGACGAAAUCAGCAAUCUCUUCUGUCCAAUCAUUGGUUGUGGUGCACAGAUGAAAAAUCUGGAUGACUUUGAAGACCACUAUGUUACACGACAUACUGCAUCUUGUUCUGUCUGCUCUCGAGUUUACCCAACAUCACGCCUGCUCAGCAUACAUGUGUCAGAGGCUCAUGAUUCCUUUUUUCAGGCAAAAGCUGCUCGAGGCUUUCCCAUGUAUGAGUGCCUUGUGGAAGGUUGUGAUGUCAAGUUGAAAAGCUACAAUAGCAGGCAGCAACAUCUAGUUGACAAGCAUAAAUUUCCAGCAUCUUAUGAGUUCUUCAGAAAAGCUCGUCCAUCAAAAAAACAGAGGCUGAAGCCGCAUCAUAAACAAGCAUCGAAUAAGACUCAGGAGACGUCAAGUGCAAUGCAAGUUGAGGAAGAAACAAUAGACAAUCUCGUUUCAGCGGUAUCGAAAUUAACCACUUCGGAUUCUCCUUCAGCAAUCAGCUUUGGCCGUAGUAGGGCUCGUGGAUUGUCAUUUGUGCCUCGUGCAGUUAAUCGGCAGAGAGGACCAGUCACCUCAACUGGUGGAACAAAAAACUAGUGGCAUGCCAAUGGAAUCUUGAAGCAUCUGAAAAUGUCAGGCUCAUGUUAUGAAAGAUAUGAUCUGAAGCUGAUUUUCGAGCAUUUGCCGGCAACUGACAUUGGCUACAAGUCUACAACAUACUGUGGUGAUGGUUCCAACAUGUUAAACCACUGCUCUUUAUUGCAUGCUCAAAAGUUUUUGGAUGUCUUGUCAAAGGUUGUCACACCUCUGGUGGCUGCAAUUAAGCGAACUAAGUUUUUCUCCUAUCAUGCCCAAACAUGUCUAAUUUUACUUGUUAAUGAAUUAUAGAAAAGAUUGUGGUUUCCAUACUAAAGCAAUUAGCAUAUAUCAAUCCAAUUAUUUGGUUAUAUCUCA